CGCUCUCGCGUGGAGAGGCCCAUAUCGCUCUCGCCUGGAGAGACCCAUAUCGCUCCCGCGUGGAGAGGCCCAUACCGCUCCCGCGUGGUCGAGCUUCACGAUGGUGAGCGACCCAAGCUUCACGAUGGUGAGCGAAUCAAGCUUCACGAUAGUGAGCAAUUCGAGCUUCGCGAUGGUGAGCGAGCCAAGCUUCACGAUGGUGAGCGAGUCGAGCUUCACGAUAGUGAGCCAGUCAAGCUUCGCGAUGGUGAGCCAGCCAGGCUUCACGAUGGUGAGCGAGUCAAGCUUUGCGAUGGUGGCCGAGCCAAGCUUCACGAUAGUGAGCGAGUCAAGCUUCACGAUAGUGAGCAAGUCGAGCUUCGCGAAGGAGGGCGAGCCGUGCGUCCGCCCGAAAGACAGACGCAGACGGCGGGCGAAGGACAGACUCAGACGGCGGGCGAAGGAGGGCGACGCAGACAACAGGCGAAGGAGAGCCGCGGACGCAGACGAAGGUGAAGGGCGGACGCGGACGGCGGGCGAAGGAGGGCGACGCAGACGGCGGGCGGAUGAAGGAGGGCGAAUCGUCUUCCCCAGGAGGGCGAAUCGUCUUCCCCGUAGGAGGGCGAAUCGUCUUCCCCUUCCCUUCCCUUCCCCUCCAGCCGAUAAACGAAACCACUCUCCGCUAGUUCACGAAACCACUCUCCUCUAGUUCACUUAUUCUCCUCUAGUUCACUUAUUCUCCUCUAGUUCACGAAACCACUCUCCGCUAGUUCACGAAACCACUUGCUCUCCGCUAGAUCGCAAA